AUGAGUAAUUAAAAGAUCUAAAAAAAGAGAAAAUUACGCUUACAAAAAUCAUGUAUGAAAUCUUAAGAUUGCAAUUUAUUGUACAAAUAUAUACAAACAAAAUAAAGGAUUUGGCAAAGUACUUUUUUAGAUAUAAAGCUAUAGUGUUAUUAUUAGUAAAAUAAACUUUUAAAUGAAUUGUAUAUAAUAUUUGAUUUUUAUAGUUUUUAAUCAGUCGAUCAGUCCUCAAAAACUGCAAUUAAAACAAAAAGAAAAAAGCUAAAAAGAAAAAAAUGAAAUUUAUGUUCUAAAAGCAAAACAACAACAAGAAACAUUGGAGCCCUUGAAAUUAGUCGAAAUAUUAUAGGAUGAAGAUUAUAUACUACUUUUUAAGACCAAUCAUUGA